AUUUCUUAGAAACAACAUUUAGUGGGUAUGAGGAAUUUUAGAGGUUUUUCGGUUCGGUCAGGUUUUUAAAAGACAUCAGAUACAAUGAGUAGGACGGGGGCAGAGAUACGUGCGAGCAAACAAAAGCCAAGCCAAGGAAGUUGGAUUAAACGAAUGAUGGGUAAUGAUUCUAAAGCACAGACCAGUGCUGGUACCUUGAGGGAGACAAAAGCUAAACAGAUACAAGAGCGCAUAAGUCAGGUGGAGAGGCACUUUGGUCAGCUUUGCGAUGAUAUGGCUUCAUACACGCGGAAGUGUGCCCGUCUCAGGGACAAAGGUGAUCAGAUAGCCAAGGAUUUGGUGGACUAUACAGAGGCAGAAACCUCGAACCCAAGCAUGGUCAGGUCAUUAUCCGAGUUUGCUUCCAAUCUGGCGACAGUGCAAGACUACAGACAAGCUCAGGUUACAAGGCUGGAGUCUAAAGUCCUGACACCUCUAGCGAAUUAUGGUCUAAAAUGUAAACAUGCAAAAAAUGACAUUAAGGAGGGUGUGAAAACACAAGACCUAGAAUUAAAUACGCGCAAGAAGUUGGACAGGCUGCGACAAAAAUCACCUGCUGACCGAGCUCAGCUGACAAUGGCUGAAACAGAGCUGCAGAAGGCUAGCGUCAAGGCCUCAGCCGUGACAAAAAAUCUAGAACAGCUGAUAGAUAAAUUUGAAGAAGAGAAAUUGAAAGAUUUAAAGAGGGUGUUGACUGACUUUGUCAACAUUGAGAUGAUCUACCAUGCCAAAGCGUUGGAGAUGUACACAGAAUGCUUUCAGAAUAUUAAAACAUUCGACGUGGAGGAGGAUAUAGAGGAAUUCAGGUCCAAAAUGCAGCCGUCGAAUUCUGCCAACAGAAUGAACAUGGUGAGAUCCUCCUCGUACACCUCUCUGGAGUCGGCUGAUGACCAACGGAUAACAUCCAAUAUCCGACGGCAGCAGUCGGCCCCCAGCAGCCGCAAUGUCACACCCACCAAAUCUGCUAAUAACAGUGCCUUAACCUCACCCCUGAGAGCCACAUCAGACUCCAGGAAUGGAUUAGAUAAUGAAGAAACAGAAGAGGAGGAGGAUGAGGAGGAGGAAUCUGAAGAAGAUGAUGAUGAUGACGAUGAUGAUGAUGAUGAAUACACAGAGACAGAAACAGCACGAACAGAAACAGCCAGAUCCACAGCACGAACAGACAAACCAAAAGUGCAGUCAGAAAGAACUGUAAUCAAACCCCCGUCUAGUCUGAUCAAAAAGGUGUCCCAAUGAUUUCAUUUUUAGCUGUUAAUUUAUUAUGGAAAGUCAGCAGUCUUUUGGCUCUAGUUAUAAAAUCUGCUCUUUCCUAAAGUGCUGUAUGAAGACUGCUCUACUACAUGUAAUCCGUUUUCAUGAUAUUUAAAAUGUGCAGUUUUGUGUGACAUUGGGUGUUUCAGACAGCAUUUAACCUUGUUUAUGAACAUCGGAAGACUAUGCAAUAUUAUGUAAAAAGUACUUACAAGGUAUGCAUCAAAUUUGUAUUGCAUUUAAGUUUAAGAUAUGUCUUGCUGUUGGAAACAAAAAGCGUACAAUGAUAGUUCUGUGUACAUGUAUAAAUAUAUUGUAUUUACCAACACCAGUACUGUAGAUGUAUCUAACUUGGGGAUAUACAAAUCACAAUGAAAUGCAUUGGUGCUCAUGUAAACCGAUAAAACUGAAAGUACAUGGUUCAUCCAUGGUUCUCUGUAUUGAAUGCAAUUUUAUCUAUGUAAUAAUUACAUGCAUGUAAUUCACAUAUAUCCGUCCAGCAUUUAGUUCAGUGGUUGUAUAAUGUGAGUUUAAAUUUUGUUUUUUUUCAUGAAUUCUAAUUAUGCAUGUACACCUUGUCUUCGUAGGGAGCUGUUCUAACGGUUUUAAGUGUAGGAGACUGCAGAAUGAGAGGUUCUCUCUCUGUGUGUUUAUCCGGCGUCCAUGAACGUGUAUUUUAGUAGGAGAAUUUUUCUGAAUAUUACCAUUCAUGUUUGUAAUAAAAUGUCAAAUUGCCCUUGAAAGGCAAAAGUUAUUCUGAAAAAUGAAUGUUUAAAGAAAAUCUCAGGAAAUCCAGAUCUGUACUUUCCUUUCACUAGUACAUGCUUCCAUACUGUUUAGAUCCGCCACCAGGAACUGUUUGGGUGUGGUGGGUUUUUUUCUUAUUUAUAAUUGUUUGGGUCCUACUUCUCACUAUUUUAUCACUUUAGUGCAAUUUUUGAUAUGCCCAAUCAAAAGGCGAUGGUUCAGAAAUACAUGUAUAGUGGUUUUUAAAACAGUGGAAUAUUUGCUUAGGCAAAAAAGGACAACAAAUAUUGUUAAGAUCAGAUUGUUUUGUCAGUGUAAAGUGAACGAAACCAGAGGAGGGGGGGGGGGGUCAUUUUAGAUAUUAAAGGAAUACCAGUUUCAAAAUUGAACAAGUAAGAAAUAACUGUUACCUAAGAGAAAAAAGAGGUAAUCAUUCAUCUGGAACACUUCAAUCAUUACCAUGUCUUUGAACAAGUGGGUAGAACACUGUGAUUAUUGCUGUGGUCCUAAACAAGUAAGUAGAACACUGUGAUCAUUGCUGUGGUCCCAAACAAGCUGAUGGAACUCUUCAAUCAUUGAUGUGGUCUUUUAUGAAGAAAAAAGGUAUAUGUCAUGUAUUGAUGCCAAUUAUACUUGUUCAAUUGAUGCUGGUAAAACUGGUUCAGUUGAUGCUGGUAAAACUGGUUCAGUUGAUGCUGGUAAAACUGGUUCAGUUGAUGCCAGUUUGUUCAAUGAACAUGCUGGUAAAACAUGUUCGGUAAUGUAAGUGGUCACCUGUUCUGUAUUUCUGAACCAUUUCCUUUACACCUUGCCACAUACUAACACAGCACACAUUCUCACCUGUGUGUAUCUAUCAGUUGUGUUAACAUUGAUGUUGUUUUUAUGCAAUUAGUGUUUUGUGUUGAUUUUCUGAAGAACAUAUUUUACAUCUCUGCAGCAAUUUGAGAAGAAAAAAAUGUUCACAUCUGAAUUUUUGAGUCCCCGAUCUCGGAAUCGGAUGUAGUAUUGCUUGUAUAGGUUAAACAUUAAAUGAAAAAUAAAUUUAAUAUUAUUUUGGACAAUUCUAAUUACAGUACAGUCUUAAAUUUAAAAAUUUAGAUAUCAGUUGCCAAGUUGAUCGAAAAUUCGGCCCUGCCAGAGUUAACUAGUUUAUGGUUUCCCUGCACAAUUAUUUAUGUCUAGCACCAUAUUACGCACAUUUCUCUCGAUUGCAGACUAUACGUCAGUCAUAUACAUCUAAGGUCAGGGAAAAUGUCUAGCUCUUUCAAAUUCAUUUAUCUGCAUUUUGUCCAAAUCUUGUUAUGUUAUGACUAUGUUAAGCAAAAUCUUUAUUCCAUGAUUUUGAAAAAGUGCUUAUGAAUUUCUCCGAUCUUUUGUCUUUGAUUAUAACUAUUUGUUAGAUACUUAGUAAUAAAUAGGGCAUUUUUACUUCCGUUACCACAGUGACAGUGUGGCCGAUCAAUGCAUGGCUUAAGCUUCGCAUUAUGGAUUUAUUACACAACUGUUUCUUCAAGGGUUUUGUUCUCAACAUAUGUUAAUUGGACAGUUACAUACAGCAUCUCAUUCAUUAUAUUGGGUUUGAGCAGGUAUAUAUUUGAACUAUUCAAGUUUUGAAUUUUUAUUGAAAACAUUAUCUCACAAGUAUUUUCCAAGAUACAAUACCGACAUUGUUUUAAUAAUUACACGUAUCUUUGAUUUUUUUAUCCCCUCGUAAUUCAUUGCAAGAGGUGGUUUAGUAGUGGGACUGUUCGUGUGUGAGUAACACUGGGCUUGUAGACUAUCUACAGGCCACAUAUUUUUGCUCGACAGAUUUCAUACUUCACAUGUAGUUUUGUUAUCUAGAGAGGAAAAGUCCUACUGAUUUUUGGGGUGUCGAGGUCACUAUAAGAUUUCAUAGAAGAAGUUUAUAGACACUCAACAGGCCACUUUUUCUUUUUUUUUUUUUGCUCAAUCGAUUUCGUUCGUACUUUGUAUGUAGCUUUGUUCUCAAAAGAGGAAGAAUGCUAUUGAGUAUGAGGUCAAUAGGUCAAGGUCACUAAAGGACCUCUUAGAAGAAGCUUGUAGACACUCAUUGCGAGGGGAUAUGCACUGCCUUGCGGGAGCUCGUUUGUACAUGUUGUAUGUUAUUACUAAGUAUGUAAUAAACAGGAUAAAGUUAAAACCCUAUCUCGCUCCGUAUCAAUCUUUGACCAAUAUCAUAUUGGGUGUAUAGGGGUUGUGAUAUAGAAAAGGGCAUGAAUUAUAUUAAAAAAAAUAAAAGACAGUAUGUAAUUUUCUCUCUGUAUAAACUGUUAUUGAUUAUACAUUAUUUUCACUCAAUCUCACUGUGUUAAAGGAAACGGCACGUGUCUGUGAUAUUGUAACAGAAUCUACCCACAAUGAUUGUUAAAAAAGCAGUUCAAUAAAAAGUUAUACCAUCA